AUGAUAGUGUACGGGAAAGUGUGCCAUUUACCGGUAGAAUUAGAGCAUCGGGCUCUUUGGGCGCUAAAAACGGUGAAUUUAGAUUUGACCGAGGCCGCUAGGAAAAGAUUUUUCCAAAUUCAUGAAUUGGAAGCUUUACGUGAUGCCGCGAAGUUGCGGAAACUGAAAGAAUUUCGAGUUGGUGAUCAAGUGCUUUUGUUUAAUUCGCGACUAAAAUUGAUCGCUGGAAAGUUGAAGUCGAGAUGGUCCGGACCGUACGUCGUGAAGGAGGUUUUCCCGUACGGUACUAUGGAGUUGCUUAACGAAGAUACUAAGUGCUCAUGGAAACUGAACGGACAUCAUUUGAAGCAUUAUCUAAGGGUUCCCAUCGACACCGCCGAAGAGGAAGACGUUCCUCUUUCGGACCCGCCUAGCACCGCCGCAUGA